CUCGUUUUCCCCAGUGCAGCCUCCGCGAAGCCAGGCGCGUCAUGUCUACGGGAGGAGACUUCGGGAACCCGCUAAGGAAAUUCAAACUGGUCUUCCUGGGGGAGCAAAGCGUUGGGAAGACAUCCCUGAUCACAAGGUUCAUGUAUGACAGUUUCGACAACACGUACCAGGCUACAAUUGGAAUUGACUUCUUAUCUAAAACCAUGUACUUGGAAGACCGGACAGUGCGGCUGCAACUCUGGGACACAGCAGGCCAGGAGAGAUUCCGAAGUUUGAUCCCCAGUUAUAUUCGAGACUCCACAGUAGCAGUGGUGGUCUAUGACAUCACAAAUCUCAACUCUUUCCAGCAGACUUCUAAAUGGAUUGAUGAUGUCAGGACAGAAAGAGGAAGUGAUGUCAUCAUCAUGUUAGUGGGCAACAAAACAGACCUUGCAGAUAAGAGGCAGAUAACAAUUGAAGAAGGGGAACAGAGAGCUAAGGAACUGAAUGUCAUGUUUAUUGAGACAAGUGCAAAAACAGGAUACAAUGUAAAACAGCUUUUCCGACGUGUCGCCUCAGCUCUGCCAGGGAUGGAGAGUGUCCAAGAGAAGAGCAAAGAAGGAAUGAUUGACAUUAAACUGGACAAACCACAGGAACCACCAGCCAGUGAAGGAGGGUGUUCUUGUUAAUACAAAGCGCAGGAUUCGUCAGCUCCAUUUGACACCACACGCUUGUUGUGUUGCUUCCUAUUGGUUAGCUUCCUAAUAAUACAAAUUGAGUUAUUGGAUGGG